AUGGGGAUCAAAGGUCCUGAUUUCAGUCUGCCUAGCAUGAAUAUCAAAGGAGGCAAAGAUGAAGAAGAGUCGGAUAAUGAAAACGAAAAUGACAAAGAUAAGAAGUCCAAGAAAGGAUUUAGUCUUGGCCUAAAAGGACCUGAUUUCAAUUUACCUAGUAUUAGCAUGGGAGGAAGUGCAGAAGCAGGUAGUAAGGAGGAGGAAUCAGAUAAUGAAGAAGCUGGUAAGAAGAAGUCCAAGAAGGGCUUUGGUUUUGGAUUCAAGGGCCCUGAUUUUAAUAUGCCUAGCAUGAGCAUCAAAGGUGGGGGAGAGCGUGACAAGGGGUCUGACGAUGAUGAUGAAAAGGAUAACGAUGGGAAAUCGAAGAAAGGAUUUAGUCUUGGUCUUAAGGGACCUGAAUUCAACUUGCCUAGCAUGAGCAUCAAGGGAAAUGCUGGACAUGAUAAAGAAGCUUCAGAUGAUGAUGAUGAUAACAAAAGUGAGAAGACCAGAAAAGGCUUCAAUCUUGGCCUAAAAGGUCCCAGUUUCAAUUUACCAAGCAUGAGCAUCAAAGGCAGUGGAGAAGGGCGAGAUAAGGAAGAAUCAGAGGAUGAUGAUGAAAAUGUCAAAGAUAAGAAAUCUAAAAGAGGAUUUAGUCUUGGAUUUAAAGGCCCCGAUCUCAGUAUGCCAAGUUUGAGUGUCAAAGGAGGUGCAGAUGAUGACAAAGAAGAGUCUGAUGAUGACAAAGACAAGGAAAAGAAAUCGAAGAAAGGAUUUAAUCUUGGAUUUAAGGGUCCUGACUUUAGUCUCCCGAGCAUGAGUCUUAAAGGAACUGCAGAUGACGAUAACACGAAAGAUGAACUUGAUGAAGGAGAAAGAGAUAAGGAUGGAAAGUCGAGGAAGGGUUUCAGUCUUGGAUUAAAGGGUCCUGAUUUUAACCUACCUAGUAUGAGCAUGAAGGGAAAAAUGGAAGGAGAUGUUAAGGAUUCAGAUGACGAGAAAGAAGACAAUGAAAAGAGGUCAAAGAAAGGUAUUAGUCUGGGCUUCAAAGGUCCCGAUUUCAGCAUGCCAAGUAUGAGUAUUCGGGGCAGUGGAGAAGGUGACAGGGCAAGAGAAUCUGAGGAUGACGAGAAAAACAAAGAAAAGAAAUCAAGGAAAGGUUUUAGCCUUGGGUUCAAAGGCCCCGACUUCAGCCUGCCUAGCAUGAGCAUCAAGGGCAGUGGGGAAGGAGGUGACAAGGGAGGAGAAUCUGAAGAUGAAGAUGAUGAUAAGAAAAAGUCAAGGAAGGGUUUUAAUCUUGGUUCAAAGGCCCUGACUUCAGUCUUCCCAGCAUGA